AAAUCCACAAUAUGAACCCGCUGUCAUGAGCAUCCACCACCAUGGCGUCCACCUCUUGAAGAUCUGCAUCAUCCUGCUGCCCAAUAACGACACUUGACAAGCUUAUCAGAUAACGACGGGACCCAUACCCACCACCAAAGUUUCGAGUCCCCGCCGCUUACACCGAGGAGCGCUUGGAAGCGGUUCAGCGACGACAGCAUACCAGAACACACCCCACCACCCACGGCAUGACUAUGGCCGCGAACGGAUAUGCGCUGGCACAAGCAGACCAGUAUACUGCGCGAUCUCAGUCGCCAAAGACGCAAGCCGCUGCUGGCCUUGCGCCGGGACAUCAGCGCACAUAUCAGGCGUGCAUACCAUGCAGACAACGCAAAGUCCGCUGCGACUUGGGCUCCGUCGACAACCCUCACGAUCCACCAUGCACACGCUGUCGUCGCGAGGCAAAGGAGUGCUACUUCUCCGCCACACGACGCAAGAAAAAGAAUGCAGGCGACGAGAAUACUGGUUCGGAGGCAGGCGACGAUAAUGUAACAUACGAGAUCCGCAGCAACAGAAAGCGACCGAGGACAUCCGCGCCGCCUGAGGUGGCUGUCGAAGAGGACGACUACGACUACGACGAUCCACCACGGACACCAGGCGGUUCCAUCGGACGGACACAGCCUUUGCGCAGACCACCAGCGCCGAAGCCAAUUCAGUAUGGCGAAGAAGAUGAGAAGCAAAGCGAACAUACUACAGCACUGUUGCAGCAAGCCGAGGUGCAUGGAGGUCACGAUGCACUGAAGCUCUUGUACUCUGCAGCGGUGCACGGAAGAGCGGACAGCAGCACGAGCAGCGGUGUCGCGCGGCCCGCCUUCACUGGUUUCACUGCAUCCUCUCUGCCGUCUGCAACUAGUCCGAUCAUGGAAAAGGCCGGUAAUGUAAGCUAUACCAAUGGCCCGCUGGCCAUGUUCCAGCACGAUGGGACGUGGAAGACUCCCACUGACCAGAUGUCGUCCAAGCCUGCGAACUUUGCGCGUAUGCCGAGCAAUACUCCCGAUUGCUCCACUGCACUCAAAGCAUGGACCCGGUUCAAGUUCGUCCGCGCCGGCUGGUUCACCGCCCAAGAAGGCAUCGAUUACAUCCUCUACUUCUACAAGCAUUUGGCUCCGCUCACGCCUGUUGCGCUUCCGGACUUUCGGCAGCCUUCGACACACAAGAAGAUGCUGGAAGAAGAGCCGAUGCUGACUGUAUCCAUGCUUACGAUUGCCUCACGUCAUAUGAAGCUCGAUGGACCGGGAUCGAACAGCCGACCAUAUGCGAUUCAUCAAAAGCUCUGGGCAUACCUAUCGGGCAUGAUCGAUCGGGUCGUUUGGGGCCAGGAGCAGUUUGGCGGAGGAUUCUGUGGUGCAGGUGCUCAGCCAGGAUGCGAUGUUCAUCCUCUUACUCGCAAAGGCUUGCGCACGCUUGGUUCGGUGGAAUCGCUUGUCCUCCUGACAGAAUGGCACCCAAGGGCCAUGCACUUCCCGCCCGAGGAAGACGAUGACGACCUCAUGAUGCCUGAUCAAUCUUAUGUCUUGCCAGACAUGACGGGACAAGACGGUGCUAAGGGCAUCGGUGGUCACCGCAUGGACGCAUGGCUUGAGCCUUGCUGGCGAAGCGAUCGUAUGUGCUGGAUGCUCCUCGGCAUGGCCAUGUCUCUGGCGAUGGAGAUUGGUGUCUUUGAUUCUAGCGAAUGGCAACGGCAUGCUCCCUCGACCGAUGGACAACCUUUGUCGGCUGCAGAUCUGACCUCGUACGACAAGCGGCGCUGCAAUGUUCGGGAUCUGUUGCUUGUCUAUGUGACUCAGACUAGUGGUCGAUUGGGUCUGACAUCAAUGCUUCCCAGCUACUACAGCAAGCCUGACGACAGUGAGCGCCACAAGCGCAAUGGCCAGCAGGACAGUGUUCAGGAGGUCACCCUUCACUUCUGGCUUCGAAUGGCGUCGCUGAUGCGAGAGGGCAACAACAAGAUCUUUGCCAAUAAGACCUUUACCCGCGAUCUCAUUCGCAACGGCAACUACAAAGCUGCGCUCGCACAGCUUCAGCCACCGCUCGAGGAGUGGCGUCGGGACUUUGACAGCUGCCAGUCGAUGCCCAAGUACAUGCGCGCCAUCCUCGGAAUUGAGUACGAGUACUGCCGGGUCUACCUCAACGCAUUGGCGUUGCAGGCCGUGGCAGAGCGAUGUGCCAACGAUCAUCCAUCACCAGUUCAAGUCGUCGAUCCUCCGCUCGAGAUGGCUCGCGCAGCCAUCGCCAGCAGUGGUGAUGGUCGGCCAGAUGUUGCCAUUACUCCCUCGACGCUUUCAAAAUGGCUUGGAGGAGAUCGCCACUACUUUGUCACGGUCGGUGACGCUGCCCGCAACCUUCUCAAAAUCGUCGUGGAGGACCUGUACCCAGACGGCUUUCUACGACAUGCGCCUGUCCGUACAUACUUCCGCAUCAUCAGCGUCGCCAUCAUGCUGCUGAAGUCAUUCUCCCUCGGAGCGACGGAAAGCGAUGUGACUGACUCGCUAACCCUCAUGGAUCGUACAGUCGAAGCACUGAGAACCUGCAUCGUGGAUGAUGUCCACGUAGCCAGUCGCUUUGCAGACCUUCUCGACACUCUCGCUCGCAAUCUCAAGCCACGCUUGAUCCGAAUCGCAGCUGAUGGACGUGCCGGCCGAAGUCGUAGAGUCAGUCACGCCGGCUUGACAGCUCAACACGCACAGAAUGGAUAUGGGCCAAACGGCAGACAGCACGAACAACAACAGCAAGCGCAAGCUGGAGCAACUUCAGGCUCCACGCCGAAUGCUUCUCAGCAAUGGGGCGCUUACAACAACAUGAUGCUUCCGAAUGGCACGCCCGGCAACAAUGCCCUAUUCGGCAUCUCCAACGACACAUACGAUCUCAUGGGUAACGACAACUCGUACACCGUCAUGCCCCCACCCGGAUUCGGCACGCAUUCGCCGAACAACAUCAUGUCGUCGGGUCCAGGCUCCGGCAACUACGAUCCAUACUCCACUUCAAGCAAUUUCGGCGAGCAGGACUGGCUUGCAUUGCCGCUGGAUCCCUUGCUAAAUAUGUCGGGUGACGUGGAGCAGACGAUGUAUGGCCCACAGCUGGGCGGGCAGGACAUGCUGGAGUUGUUGCUCAAUUCGAAUACGACCCAUGGCUUUCACUAG